AAUAAUUCAAAUUCAAUUCUAAAAUACAACAAACAAACAAAAACACUAAAACCAACGGCAGCGAAGCAGCAGCUGGAAAAGGAAAUGCAUUUUCAUCGUAGGACAAGAACCAGAACCAUAUUUUGAAGUACCCCCGAAAACACACAAACACACACACGAAGCAACAAGGAAGCGAUCCAGGAAGGAAGCAGGGACGAGAAAGAGGAGGAGAGGAGUAACCACAACUACCAAAAGAUAACCAGAAACUACAACGUUACAAUAUUUGUCGGCAUUUUUUACAAAACAAACAAAAACACAACCAGGAACACACAAAACACAACAAACAAACAAACAAAAGAAAAACCAAAAGAAAGAAUAGCAAUUUUUUUGUGUGUGGUAUAUGCCCCGCGCGGCAAAAGACAAAAACUUUUAUUAACUUCGAAGACAAGGAAUUUCAGUGCCUCUUGUGCCAGUGUUUAGCCAAAAUAUAUAUACACAAAAAACAAAAACAUUAAAUAAAAAACAAAACAAAAAAUUAAAAACAAACAACAAAUACGUAUUUGCUUAGUUUUUUUUUCUCUUUGAUAAAAAACAAUUACACUAAAAAUCGAAAAGAAUAAGGAUAAUAGUAAAACAAUAAAAACAAAAACAAAAACAAUAAAACACAAAACAACAGUUUUAGUUUUUCUUUUUGUGGGUCAAUUUUUGGACCCUAUCGCCGCGCGCUCUCUUCAUCGUUCCACCCCGUUGUUCCAUCGUUCUCGUCACACGGAUUUCUCGCGGGUUUACCAUCCAAAAUAUCAUCAACGGAAAGCAACAGUCAGUCAGUCAGCCCGUCAGUCGUCUUUGCUAGUCCUCUUAUCAGCAUUUGUUCUACUUUGUUUCCUCAUAUCGAAUCAAUUGAUCAAUCAAUCAAUCCAUUCAGCAUGAAUACACAAUCGAAGGUUUAUCGCACAGGCGAAGAGAUGUAUGAAAACUUGCCAUGCGAUGGUUAUUUCAAUAUAAAUGCCAUUCGCAAUUUGGGUAUACCCACAACUUUCCCUACCAUUGGAACAUUUACGCUUGACUCCACCACUCUGGGCCUGCAGCCUCAACCGCAGCAGCAGGGUCCAUCGCCUCAGCAGCAGCAGUCUAUGCAUCAUCUUCAGCAGCAGCAGCAACAUCAACAGCAGCAGCAGCAGCAGCAGCAACAGCAACAGCAACAACAACAACAACAACAGCAGCAACAUCAGCAACAGCUUCUCCAGCAGCAGCAGCAACAGCAACAACAGCAGCAGCAGCAGCAACAACAACAACAGCAUGCCAGCAUUGGAAUGUUUGAUUCGACUGAAGUGCCCGAUGUACCACAGAUUGGGGUCUUCACAUCGAACAGUGUGCUGACCAAUGGGGCUGGCAGUUCAUCCUCAAUCUUUGGCUCGUCGAGCAGUUCAUCGGCCGCCGCAGCGGAUCCCAAUCAGACCACCCGGGAGACGGGCAUCAUUGAAAAGCUAUUGCACUCGUAUGGAUUCAUUCAGUGCUGCGAGCGUCAGGCGCGUCUGUUCUUUCACUUUUCGCAGUUUAGCGGUAACAUUGAUCACCUGAAGAUCGGCGAUCCCGUUGAGUUCGAGAUGACCUAUGACCGUCGCACCGGCAAGCCGAUCGCUAGUCAAGUAUCGAAGAUAGCCCCAGAGGUUGUGCUGUCCGAGGAGCGUGUCACCGGCACAGUGACCACCGAACUGCGCACGGACAGUGCCAACAAUGUGCUCAGCUCCAGCGAGACCACGGGUCGCAUCAGCUACGAGAAUCGAGGCGAAUGUUUCUUUCUACCUUAUACCAAAGACGAUGUCGAAGGCAAUGUCAACUUGCGUGCUGGCGAUAAGGUCAGCUUUCAAAUUGCAACGAACCAAAGAGGCAACCUGGGCGCCUGCCAUAUACGCCUAGAGAAUCCGGCCAUGCCGGUCAAGUACCGUGGAGUGGUUUGCUCCAUGAAGGAGUCGUUUGGCUUCAUUGAACGCGCCGAUGUGGUCAAGGAGAUAUUCUUUCACUUCUCCGAGGCCGAGGGCAAUGUGGAGCUGCGUCCUGGCGACGAUGUCGAGUUCACCAUCCAAACCCGAAGCCAAUCAGCGACUGUGCCGCCGCAGGGCCGUGAGUUUGCGUGCAACAUUACGCGCCUGCCGCCCGGCUCCGUGAUCUUUGAGGAUGUGGACAGCACCGUUUACAAGGGACAGGUCCUGAAGUCCCUCGAUCGCAACAAUCCGGUGCGUCAGAACAACGAUCCGCUGCCAGGACGCAUACGCUAUCGCGCCCUGGACUACUCCGAGGUGGAAGUGCCGUUCGGGGACAAGGACCAGAAGGGUGACUUUACGCUGCGGCACGGCGAUUGGGUGCAGUUCCUGUUGGCCACCGACAGGCGGGAUCAGCUGCAGCGUGCCACCUCCAUAGCCCUGCUGGACGAGACCUUUAAGGUGUCCGGCGAGAAGCGAGAGCAGGGCACCAUUGCCUCGCUCAAGGAGGGCUUUGGCUUUCUGCGCUGCGUGGAGCGGCAAGUGCGUUUAUUUUUCCACUUUACCGAAGUGUUGGAUACGAGCCGCGAAAUCGAUGUCAACGAUGAGGUGGAGUUCACUGUCAUCCAGGAGCCUGGCUUGGCCUAUAACAACUCGCGUUUGCAGGCCAUACGCAUCAAGCAUUUGCCGCCCAACUCUGUUGAAUUCGAGACACUGAUGGCCAGCAAUAUUGAGGGCUGCGUGACCCGUGAGGCGCCCAAGAGCCCUAUUAAAUCUCAAGAUCGCGUCGAGGGCGGUGUGAUUACCUACGAAAGUGGCGAUGCUAAAAAGACUAUAAUGUAUUUUCUUAAAGACUGCGAAAAACCACCAAGGAUUGGGGAGCGUGUACGCUUCGAUAUUUACAUUGUCAAACGUAACAAGGAGUGUAUAGCCGUCAAUGUGCAGCAAAUUUCGCUGCAACAACAGCAACUGCAACAGCAGCAGCAGCAGGCACAACAGCAAUUGAUAAACCAACAGGCUGCUGCUGCCCAGGCGGCGGCAACGGUGAGCCUCACCCAAGCCGAUCAGCUGUCGCUUACGAAUGGCAUCAGUGGCAGCAGCUCGACAGCCUCGCUGCAGAACGGCUAUGUGAUGCACGGCAGCCCCGGGGGCAGCAUCAGCAGCGUGGGCAGCAGCAGUAACCAGGCCAACAUGGAGGACUUUAAGCUGGAGAACAACAAUCUGGUCGGCACCGAGGGGGGGCAGAUGUACCGCGGCUUCAUAGCCGUCAUGAAGGAGAACUUUGGAUUCAUUGAGACCCUCUCGCACGACGAGGAGGUCUUCUUUCACUUUAGCAACUACCUGGGCAAUCCCAAUUGGCUGGAACUCGGCCAGGAGGUCGAGUACACCCUGGCCCCCAAUGGCAACACCUCCGUUUCGGGCAAUUGCCUGCCAGCGGAGAAUGUCCGGAUGCUGCCCAAGAACUCCAUACCGCAGCCGUCGGUGCUGGAAACCGUGCACAAUGGAGUGGUGGCUCGUCCCCUGCGCUGCAUCAAUCCCGACCAGCAGGAGUACGCUGGCCUCAUUGAGAUACUCGACGAGCAGCGCACCACAAUCAUAUCGCAGCACGAAUUCGGCAUCACCAGUCUGGUGAACAAGCGGGAUCUGUUGCAAAAGGGGGAUCUGGUCAGCUUCCGCAUCGAUGAGAGCGGACGGGCGGCCGAUGUGAAUGCGGUGCGGCUGAAGAAACGGGCCACAGUGGACUCCAUCAAGGGACAGUUUGGUUUUCUCAACUUUGAGGUGGAGGAUGGCAAGAAGCUAUUCUUUCACAUGUCCGAAGUGCAGGGCAAUACGGUGGCCUUGCAUCCAGGCGAUACUGUGGAGUUUUCGGUGGUCACCAAUCAACGUAAUGGGAAAUCUUCGGCUUGCAAUGUUGUGAAAAUAAUCGAUCGUCCGGAUCGACUGAUCUCGCGCCUCAAGCUCAAUGGCGAUGACACUGUGCCCCGCCUGAUACUCAUACGUGCACCCAAGGGGCCACAGGGCAAGGGCUUCUCUGUACUAGCGCGCCAUCCACGCAUUCCAGGCAACUUGGUGGAGUAGAGAGAUGAUUGUGACGUGAAAUGUUCCGAAGCCAGGGAUAUUAGAUGCAAAUCAAAGACAACUACAACAUACAGCUAUAUACUUAUAAUACUUGAACGGAGCAGGCCAUAAGCAGCAAGCAGGCAACCAACCAACCAAUCAACCAACCAACUAACAGCAACGUGAACUUGUCGUGAAACCUAACCAUAAACACACACAAAACACAACACAUUUAUAUUGAAUAUAACCAAUCCCUAGGAGCAAUCAAAACACUAUUGGAAGCGAUAAUAAUUGAUAAUACGCGUAAACGUACAUAUAAUAUUAAUUAAGGGCCAGGGGAGAACGAACCUCACUCUGUGUGUCUGAAAAUGGAAAUCUAUUUGUAAUAUUACUAAAAACUCUAACCCCUCCAACACCAAUCCCAAUGUAACGCUUUGUUCUAAACUCAACUCAAA